CACGUAUUUACUGUCACUGUAAAUGAAAGAAAGUUUAAAAGUUUUACGUGCAUUAUUAAUUAAUUGCUAUGCCGCCUAAAUACAGUCAGCAUUACCGGUCUGAGUGGGAGCAAAUGCUGGAUUUCAAGGAUUGGUUACAGCCUGUCAAAGAUGAUACGACGAAGGCCUAUUUAGAAGAAACUUUAAAAGCAGUCAAGCCUUCUCUAAUCGAUAUUGCCCAAGAAUUCCGAGUGGAUGCAGCUACAAUGGAUAGGCUCAUGUCUCAAUGGAGAAACAUAGUGCACAUUAAAUGGGAACGCACAUCUUCCACUGUAGAAUUCUGGAAUGAAGUAAUUGAUUACAAAGAUGCAGCUGGUAAUAACCCCUUUGCAGAUUUAUCUCAGUUAGCAAUAUCAUUAUUAUCACUACCUCAUUCCAACGCAGAAAUUGAACGCGUUUUCAGCCAAAUGAAUAUAGUCAAAACUAAACUUCGCAACCGUUUGUCGAUAAAAACUUUAAAUGCCAUUCUAUACGUCAGAUUCGGCCUAAAGAGGGCAGGGAAAUGCUGCUAUUCUUACACAGUUCCGGAUAACGUACUGCGCUCUAUAGGUACCAAGGAGAGUUAUAGUCUUGAGAAUAAGGCUUCCACGUCUACAUGCACAUCAGCUGCCGAGCCUGCCGAUGAAGACGAAGAUAUUAACAUUUUAUUUAGUAACAUAGUCGAUUAAAACGUAGAAUAAAUCAAAAUUUUGUUGAUUAAUAAACAUUUAAAAUUAAA